AAUAAUUCAAUUGAACAAAUUCUUUGUAAUGAGUGACUCCACAAAGGCGAAUAAUGAGAACCCUCCAACCGAUGGAUAUGCGAAUAUUCGAUGGGGUGAUGUUGAUGACGAGCCUCCUCCCCCGCCAAAGCCUCAGCCCGAAAGACAGGCGGACAAGCCACCGCCGGGCCCGGCCGAUAACGAAGCCAUCCCAGAGCCGAGGGUUAGGCCAUCCCGAUACAUCACUACCUCCGAGGAUGACAAGGAUUCGGGCUUCGAGACGAUCGCCGUCUACCUGUCCCUGUUCUUUGUGAUCAUCACAUUCCCCUUGUCGAUCUUCCUGUGCCUGAUUGUGGUGAAGGAGUACCAUCGGCUGCUGAUCUUUCGACUGGGUCGGGUCAGGAAGGGCGUCCGGGGGCCUGGCCUCGUGUGGACUCUGCCGUGCAUCGACUCCUUCGUCAAGGUGGAUCUACGCACCUUUGCGACCGAGGUGCCCUCCCAGGACAUCCUCACCAGAGACUCGGUGACGAUUUCCGUGGACGCAGUGCUGUACUACUGCAUCAAGGAUCCCAUGGACGCCCUCAUUCAGGUGGACGAUGCGAAGGAGGCCACCGUGCUGAUAGCCCAGACCACACUGCGGCACAUAGUCGGCGCCAAGCCGCUCCACACCCUCCUCACCUCGAGGGAGACCCUGUCCAAGGAGAUCCAGCUUGCCGUCGAUGAGAUCACGGAACGAUGGGGAGUGCGAGUGGAGAGAGUGGACGUGAUGGACAUCAGCUUACCCUAUACACUUCAGCGAUCCUUGGCCAGUGAGGCAGAGGCGGUCAGGGAGGCGCGUGCCAAGAUCAUUUCAGCCGAGGGCGAGAGGAAUGCCUCGCAGGCUCUAAAGGAGGCGUCUGAUGUUAUGUCCCAGAACAAAAUCACCCUGCAGCUGAGGCAUCUGCAAAUCCUUACGGCAAUCGCGGCCGAACAUAACUGCACGAUUAUUUUUCCCUUCCCCAUGGAGGUAAUGACAGCGUUUGGCAUCGUGGAGGGAUCCUCCAAGAGCAAACCCAAGCCGGAUGGAAAAGAUGGCGAUGGGAAUAGCCCAACAUCAGAUGUAUAUCAGCUCGGAGAUUUCACCCCGAAGGUGAUUAUCACAGAGCCACCAAAUCUCCCGGAAGACCUCCGCUUCGGGCAGAGUGGAGAGGAACAAGAGGGGAGUAACCCACAGAAAAGGGAGGAAACGGAAAACGAACCAGAAUUAAUCGACGAAAGGAAAGCAGAGGACUCAGACUCCAUCCAGCAACGAACAGAAGCUGAGAAUGAUUUAAAGAGUAGUAGUGAUAAGAGUGAUAAUGACAACGAAAGGAAAGCAGAAGACUCAGAACCGAUUCAGGCACGACAAGGUGAUGUGAAUGAUAGUAGUUAUUUGGAGAGCAUGCCAGCGAGAGUUACCCGUCUUAUUUCACCACAUUUUAGACGAUCCCAUGCUAGGACAGGAAUCGAGAGUGAAACUGAUCCUCCAGCCUCCACGCCCGCUCCAGCUGAUCAACACCGACAACGCCAAGCUAAAAAUGAAUUCAGUUAUUAUUCAGUGAUUCCCGAGAAAAAAGAGGAACCAAAUACAAAACCUAAAACUAGUUCACCCCCAGCUACUCAGCCAAAGAAGCCACCGCCUCCACCUCCAGGUCCACCACAGCCACCGCCGCCAUCGCCGCCACCAUCUACGCCUUCGGCACCGCCCUGGAAUCCUUGGGACAUUUAUUAGCUAUUUAUAAGUUAUAUAUAAGAAUACGAAAAUUCCCGCAAAGGGAGGGCAAAUAAAGUGAAAC